AUGUCGGCAAUCUAUACUGACGCUGCCGCCCUUGCCUUUGUAAUGGGUUCACCGAACUUUGUGAUCCAGAGACAGGCUCGUGUUUCAAUUGCGGGGGUUUUACAACUGGAAGACACUGUGAAAGCAUCUUCUAAAAUACGGAGUUUUGAGAGUUGCACUGUCCUCAAGCAUAGCAAAUCCACAUCGGCUAAUGUGCGCUUUUCCUGGGAACGUUUGGUAAAAAGAAAUUGUCUUGCCAGAUGCAUCGAUGGUUACUAUGGGAAUCCUCCUUCAGGACGGUCCUGCCGCCCUUGCCGAUGUCCAGACGUUCCCUCAAGUAGCCAAUAUUUUGCCCAUUCCUGUUAUCAGCAUCCUUGGAGCUCAGAUGUGAUCUGCAAUUGUCUUCAAGGUUAUGCAGGUAAGCAGUGUGGAGAAUGCUCCGCGGGUUUCUACGGAAAUCCCAGAAUUUCGGGAGCGUCUUGCCAGCCAUGUGCCUGCCACAAGAACACGGAUGUGACGGACCCCGAGUCCUGCAGCCGGCUGACAGGAGAGUGCCUGAAGUGUUUGCACAACACGCAGGGGCCCCACUGCCAGUUCUGCAAACCGGGUUACUUUGGAUCGGCCGUCAAUCAGACCUGCAGGAGGUGCUCCUGCCAUCCUUCCGGGGUGAAUCCUGCUGAGUGUCCCCCUGGUCGGGGAGCUUGCCUCUGUGACCCUGACACUGGCACAUGCCCUUGUCUGCCCAAUGUCACGGGCCAGGCCUGUGACCGUUGUGCAGACGGAUACUGGAACCUGGUCCCCGGCAGAGGAUGCCAGCCAUGUGACUGUGAGCCCCGGACCUCUCACGGCAGCCACUGUGACCAGGCAAGAUGCUCUGAGCUUACCUAG